ACAAAACUUUGAAAUUGUUGUGCAACUGUUGUAAAUUUAAACAAUUUCAGUAAUAUACCGUUUAUUAACUGUAACAGGGGUGUGAUCACAUUAUUAAUUAUUCUAAAUAUGGACGGUUAUUCAUCUUUUGGAUCUGGCUCAGGCUCGCCGACCGUAAAUAGUGAAACAAUCGGAGAAACAAUUAAAGUUCUUCAUUUACAAGCUGCAUUACAACAACAAGAAAUGCUGGUUCAGACCAUCAAUGACAAGUGUUUUAAAAUGUGCAUCAAUAAUCCAGGAUCAAGCUUGGAUGGCUCGCAACAGAAAUGCCUUUCAAAGUGUGUAGACCGCUACAUUGAUGCAUGGAACUGCGUCUCAAGAACUGUAACAAAUAAGAUCAGACAGCAAGCUCAGAUGAUGUAAAAUUCCACUUCAUAUUUCAAUUUCUAGACCAAGUGUUUUAGAUCAAUUUGGCACAAUCAUGUCAUAUUUGACUACAUUGAUUGUUGCAGUCUUUGUAUGCAAACUCGGCUGUGAAUUCACCUCUUAUAUAACUUGACAUAUGUUGUUUAAAGUCCUAAUUGAUGCAAAUAAACAUUUUAUAUGUAUG